UUCUUCGUUUGGAUUAAGGUUGUUGGUAAUGCUAUGGCGAACACCGAUGAACCCAAUCUCAUAAACUUCUCCUCCGUUGGUGAACCCUCGAAGGUUCUCAUGGACAAGUAUUUGAAGAUAGUCAAAGAAUUUGUGGACUCCAACGAUCAAGGGUUGGGAUUAAACGGAGAGUAUCUAUUGACAAAACCAAAAAGGAGGUUGACAACACUACCUUGAUAGAGAAUCUUCCUCUUGUCUCAUGUUCUGCAGCAUCAGAUCAGGUUGAUGUGCCGAAGCAAUCUCAAAAGAAAGAAGAGCCGGAGCCACCUCAACAUCAGAAUUUCAUUGUUAAUGAACCCAAAAGGGUUCAAAUUUCCCGGAUUGUUUUGGACUGUUUUAAUCUCUACGCUGGUAACGGUUUGACGACUGCAUAAAGGAUUGUGAAAGGGCUGUUGAAAGGGGAAAAAUACUAAGAUCGGAUUACAAGAUGAUAGCAAGAGCUUUGACAAGGAAAGGGACUGCAUUGGCCAAAAUGGCUAAAUGCAUUACCCAAAUUUUAACCUGCCAUUGAGAAUUUCCAAAAAGCACUUACAGAGAACCGCAACACAGACACCUUGAAGAAACUGAACGAAGCUGAAAAGGCUAAGAAAGAACUAGAGCAACAACAAGCAUUAUACAAAAGCUAUAAAAAGGAACCCAAAAGAUGCUAAGGGAGGGUUUGAAACAUGAUCCUAACAAUGAGGACUUGCUUGAUGGCAUAAGAAGGUAUGGUAUCGUGCUACAUUCCUGCUAUUUUUGGGAGUUAAUAUUGCCACUUUCCAUAUGCACCAUGACAAUGCAAGUGCGUAAUCACCAUAGUAUCAUACAUUUAAGAUGUUUAGAACAAAUUAAUAAGGCUAUCCAUGGAGAUUUUACACCUGAGGAGUUAAAGGAGAGACAGGCCAAGGCAAUGCAAGACCCAGAGAUACAAAGCAUUCUGCAAGACCCUGUUAUGAGACAAGUAUUGAUUGAUUUCCAGGAAAAUCCCAGAGCUGCAGAGGAACAUGCGAAGAAUCCAAUGGUGAUGAACAAGAUUCAAAAGCUUAUCAGUGCCGAGAUUGUGCAGAUGAGAUGAAUUUUAUGGAAG